AAAACCCACCCACCAAUCGGCAUUCGGGUUCGGGCCCUUCACGGAGAAAGAGUUUGUUUUUCAUCAUCCCCAAUUCCCCAUCGUCGCUUCUUGCUUCACUCCGCAGUCCGAGUUCUCCUUCAAUUGGACGUCGUAUCAGAGAGAGAGAGAGAGAGAGAGAGAGAGGGGGGUCCGCCAAAAUGAAGACCACAAAGGGAGGCAAAGUUAUGAACCCUACUGAUGCCUUUCGGAAAGAGCUUCGCAAGAAGGAAUUAAAACGGAACAAGAAAGAAAGAAAGAAAGUGAGGGAGGUGGGAAUUUUGAAGAAGGAUCCGGAGACACUGAGAGAGCAGAUUGACAAAUUGGAAGCAAUGAAGGCAGACGGUGCUCUUGACAAAGCCAGAAAACACAAGAAGAGACAACUUGAGGACACAUUGAAUAUGGUUCUUAAGAAAAGAAAGGAAUAUGAAGAGAAAAUGCGGGAAAAGGGUGAAGCGCCGGUUAUGUUUAGUCAUUUGGGGCCUCCUCGGAGGCGGACAACAGCAGAAGAGGAAGAAAGAGUCAAGCACCCAAAACCUGAAGACUCAGUUUAUUAUCACCCUACACUGAAUCCUACUGGAGCUCCUCCACCUGGAAAGCCUCCCAUGUUCAAAUCAUCAAUAGGACCCAGAAUACCCUUAUCAGCAGCCUCAUCCAGUGGUGUGGCAUCAUCAUCGAUGUCAGAGUCAGAGGAUGCUGCCUUAUCCGUUCCUCCUCCUCCACCACCUCCUCCAUUGCCUGAUACUGCUGAUAUGGGCUCUGGAGAUGGCUCUGUUAUUCCCGCAUCAUUGCCGUUACCACCUCCACCUCCACCUCCAAUGCCACCAAAACCUGCUGUUGCAGACUUGGCUACAUCAUUGCCUCCACCUCCAUUGCCACCACCCCCACCUGGUCCCCCACCUAAAGAACAUGUUGCAAUUCGCCCUCCCUUUCCUCCACCUCCACCCCUCCAUCAGUCUGCUCAGCCACCUCCUCCUGGCACUGCUGGAAAUGAAAGGGAGAAAAGUAAAUCUGCAAUAACUGAUGAUCCAAUCUCCAAGGAGUCACUUCUGGCAACAACUAUGCUCCCUCCACCACCAGGGUUGCCACUGAAGCUGACCGAUAAUCAAUCCGAAGGUGCAUCAGCCGAAUCAGUUGCCAAGAAUCCUUCGGAGAUGAAGGAUAUAUCUCAAAUGGUACCACCGCCCCCGCCUCCAAGGCAACAGCCUCCAGUGGCGGGACCUGCUCUGGUCCCAACUUUGCAUCCCGAUGUAUUACCUCCAGGAAUUUCACGGUUUCCACUACCCCCACCUCGGCCAGAUAUGCAGCGACCAUUAUCUGCUUCAGGGAUUCCUGGCCAAUCUGCUCCCCCAGGAAUGAUGGUCCCACUGAUACCUGGGCCCCCUUUUGGACCUCCUCCUGGACAUUUGCCUAUGAUGAGACCACCACUUCCCCUGGUCCUCCUCCAAUACCACAAGAUGGUUAUGUUACUGGACUACCUGUCCCUCAGAAGCCAUCAUAUGUCAAAUCAGCUGCUGCUACCGUUGUUAAGAGGCCUCUAGCUCAGCACACUCCCGAACUUACUGCUAUGGUUCCUGCAUCUGUACGCGUGAGGAGAGAGUCUGCCCUGCCCAAAGCAAAACUGAAGCCAUCACUCUCCACCGUGGCACCAGCUACCCUGUCUCCAGCAGCUCCUGUUGGGAAACAAGAAACAGGUAACUCCUCAUCAGCAUUGAAACCACAAAGUAUCGAUGACUCGUAUAUGGCCUUCUUGGAGGACAUGAAAGCGCUUGGUGCUCUUGAUGGUUAAGCUGAUUUAUCCGGUUAGGAGGUGCAAUUGGAUCAAUAUAAGAUGCAUGAGAUGAGAGGAAAAAACACAUACGGCCUAGUUGUGCUGGUUCGGGGACUUUUUUGGGCUGGUCCAUAUUUUGAUUUUCCCUGCUAUAAUGUCUUGGAACCAAUCUUAUGGAGCUUCACUACACAAUUUCUUCGUCUGUAGACUCAUUUCUCGAAAUCGCCUAAGGCGGGAUUUCUCUCUCUAGUGCGUAACCUUAAAAUUAAACCUCGAUGAAGUAGGAAAUUGUACCUUGUGAAUUUUACAGAAUUCGAUAUGUUUAUGUUUCUCAUUUUGUUCGAAAGGAAGGACUGUUUUUUUAUUUGACUGUUUCUCCUUAUUCCUGAAUGUGGAUGUCUCAUGAAAAUGAAGUGGUCACAGCUUGUCUUUGAAAGCAUACAAGACAUCGAGCUAGCUUU